UUCUCUCUCUCUAACGUUUUAAUCUUCUCUCUAGAUUUUUCUACGCCAAAUACACACGCUCUCUCUCUAGAUCACUAUAAAUACAUAUACACGAACCAGCUUUUCCAGAAACAAAGAAACCACUCUGAGUUUCCAUUCUCUUUGUUUGCUUUUUCCAUGCUCUCUAGACUGCUAUAAUCUCUCUCUAAAUUUCUUCUUGUUGUUGCAAGAGUAUCUUCUCUCUCUUGAAAUUGUUGUUGCCAGAGUUCAUAUUCUCUUCUGAUUCUCUCUGUGUCGUGGUUUCUUUGGAAUCAGCAGACCAAAGAAACCACUUGAAAAUCUUGUUCGAUUUGGGCUUUUUCUCUCUAGAUUAUUUGUUAAGAAAGAUGGGUCCAAGCGGAUCUCUGAAGAGUUUGAAGCCUAUCGCUUUAAUGGUGGCGGUUCAGGUUGGAUUUGCAGGGAUGAAUAUCUUUUAUAAGUUAGCCAUCAAUGCCGGCAUGGAUUUGAGGGUGCUGGUCGCUUAUAGAUUCGCCAUUGGAGCUGCCUUCUUAGGCCCCAUUGCUUUUUUUCUCGAAAGGAAAAUCAGGCCAAAGCUGACUUGGACUGUUCUCUUCCAGACAUUUCUCUGUGGGCUUUUUGGGGGAACUAUGAAUCAAAACCUUUACGCUGCGGGGAUGAAGCUUACUUCUGCCACUUUCGUGUGUGCCAUGACUAAUGUAAUACCUGCUGUGACAUUCAUAUUAGCCCUAUUUUUCAGGCUUGAGGAGGUUGCUAUAGGGACCAUCAGUAGUCAGGCUAAAGUUGUGGGCACUCUAGUUGGAGUUGGAGGUGCUAUGUUGAUGACUUUUUACAAGGGAUUGGCGAUUCACAUGCAGUCAUCGUCAGUACAGUUGAUGAACGCUUCUUCUCCAUUGUCGCCUCACAAGCCUGGUAAUGGUCACGUGAUCGGCUCGUUACUCGUUGUUGCGAGCUGUUUCUCUUUUGCGAUCUGGUUGAUUAUUCAGGCCAAGUUAAGUGAAAAAUUCCCAGCCUACUACUCGAGCACGGCAUUGAUGUGUUUUAUGGCAGCAGUGCAAUCAUUCUGUUACGCAAAGAUUAUGAAUCGGAGUUGGUCGGCAUGGAAACUUGGAUGGGAUGUCAAGCUUCUCACCGUUGUCUACGCCGGUGUUGUGGUAUCAGCUCUUCUAGUGUCGAUGAUGUCUUGGUGCAUAAGGAGGAGAGGGCCACUGUUCGUGUCAAUGUUCAACCCGUUGAUGCUCAUACUUGUUGCCAUUGCUGGUUCCUUCUUCUUAGGCGAGACUCUCCACCUUGGAAACAUUUUGGGCUCGAUUUUGAUCAUUGCUGGCUUAUACAUGGUGCUAUGGGGCAAGAACAAGGAGAUGAAAAUGGAUGAAGCCCAACUUCCCGUAACUGAACCUUCUCAUGACAGCGUUAAAGAAGGAAGCACAAGUCCGGACCACCCAAUACUUGUUAUAGGGUGUAAACCCCAACCUCUUGCACCUGAAUUGGGUACAAGUGGAAGCACCUCUCUUCAUUUUCAUGGAACUAAGCCACUCAUUUGGGGUCCUCUUUUUUCAAGGGUUAAUUCAUUGUCACCCUUGUUAGUUCGCCAAGUUCUUGCUGUGUAAACUUUAGGUUAUAUUCAUAGUGGCUUUUAUUAGGGUGUCAUCAGGUUGUCAUCCGUUUGCACAAUAUAGACGAUCAGGUUGUCAUCCGUUUGCACAAUAAUCGGAAAAACGAUGAUGAUGAUCAAUUUUUGCUUUAUGUAGUUGUAACUUGAGUUUAUAGGGUAUAAAAAGGUUCAAGCAAUCUCGGUAAUGUAUUUUUUUUUUUUGGGUAUAAAAAAG